UCCCACUGUUGCGCAUACCCGCGAUGUAACCAGUGUGGGUGUGUAUAAACAAACCGAUUGAAAUAAGAAGAGUGGCUCCAUCGUUUAAACUAUUUAAACGGUUUAGGAAUGUAGAAAAGGAAAAUGCUUUCGCGCCAAAGACUUUGCGUGUCCGCUGUCUGACUUUAACAUUACACCGUUCGUAGGGCUGUGAAACCGACAGGUUGGCGUGUAGAGUCAAGUUGACGUUAAAUUCUCACUCUGAUCUACAUCAACACAACCUGGGUGGGACGUGAUGGCAGCAACCGUGGAUUCUCUUUUAAACCUGAGCGCUGUGAGUGUGGCUCGGUAUGCGGAGCAGUACAGCGACUGUAUUAAAACGUUGCCUUGUAGCGCCAAAGACACGCUGGUUCGAAUAAUGACGGCUCAGGGCUCCGUCACUGACGCCAACAUCAGCCAGGUCCUGCAUGCAGGAAUCCGCACACUGGACUUGCAGAACUGCAAGAUUUCAGACUCUGCACUCAAACAAAUUUACUGUCCGCAACUAAGGACUAUAAUACUCAGAAGAUGUGUUCACAUCACUUCAGAGGGUCUGGAGGCCUUGGCAUCCCACUGCCCCUGUCUUCAAGUUGUUGAUCUUACUGGAUGUUCAGCUGUGACUGACUCAGGAGUUCAGGCUCUGGCCCGAAGCUGCAAAUGGCUUGAGGUCAUUUCCCUCAUGGAAUGCUCUGCAGUCAGUGAUGUAGCUUUGAUUGAAAUAGGGGCCAAGUGUAGGUUUCUGUACAGCAUCUAUUUUGGUGGGACGGAGGUCACUGAUGCAGGUGUCAUGGGUCUUUCAACUGGAGUAUGCUGCCAAAGUUUAAAGGAGUUACAGAUGGUACGAUGUCGUAACUUGACAGACAAUGCUGUGGCUGCUGUUCUGUCUAACUGUGCCAACAUCAGAAUAUUCAAUUUUCAUGGAUGUCCACGUAUUACAGAUAAAUCUAGGGAGGCGCUUCAUAAUCUUAUUGGGCCAAAUAAGAUCCAGCACGUCUCCUGGACUGUGUACUGAGUGAGCAUCAUCAUUAGAAUGCUGAUGAAGUCAGAUCUUUGUUGACAUAUGAACAUUCAUAGAGUCUGUUAUGAGAAACAAAUGAUGUGUAAACUCUGCUUAUCUUUCUAACAAGUCCGGAUGAAGUCCGUGUAGAUCUGAUGUCAUUUCCAUGAUGUGAAUAUACUUAAUCUUUGUGACUUGGUAAAGCACUACAUUUUUGUAUAUUUAUUUACUUCACAAUUCAGGUUGCUUAAAGCAUAUAUUAUUGUAUGAAUUUAAUUAUUAUAUAUAUAUAUAUAUAUAUAUAUAUAUAUAUAUAUAUCUCUAUCUUACUGGAAUAUCUGCAUAUAUUAUCCAAGAAAGGCCAGUAAAAAUGUUGGACUAUGGAUUUUGUCUUGGAUCUUACUUGGUGUAUUAUAAGGGCAUGUGAGAGUUGAACUGUUCUGAACUGAGGUGGAAAGACAGCUGACCAUAUUUAGUUGCUCACUACUACACAAGCUGUAACUAAAAGAAGGCAAAUGAAGCCACUUAAUUUUAGCUGUCCUUUUAUCUUGCAUGUAUUUUACUGGAAGAUUUCUUUCCUUCCUUUGUUAUGCUUUAUAUCCCCUCCUCAAAAGUAACAGAGAGAUCCUGUUACUUUCAGAACCUUUUUUCAGAAAAUUAAAAAUGUUCUGCAGUUUUGUUCAAAUUAAACAAAUGUCAAUAAUUUCA